CCCACCUGCCUCGCUACCUCCGACUUCGCCUCGUCCCCAACCCCAAGUAUCUCGCACGCCGCCGAAAGCCGCAAUCAGGCGAUCCCCUCGCGCAGCUCUCACUCUCUCCACCGCCGCCGCCUUCGCCUUCGCCUUCGCCUUCGCCGCCGCAACUCUCCCUCCGCCGGAGUCGGCGUCGGCGUCCGCCGCAAGCAAGCUGAGCGAUCAUGUCUUCUAUGGAAUCAUCGUACCUCCCUGCAACCACUGAGUCAAUAGCGAAGGCUCAGGAAGCUAAAGAUGCUUCGGAGUCCAUUUCAAUCCUUUACCGUGUUCUACAAGACCCGUCAUCUUCUGCAGAGGCUCUGAGAACCAAGGAACUUGCAAUUACAAAUCUUACCAACUACCUCACUAAAGAGAACCGGGCUGAGGAGCUGCGAAACCUUCUAACCCAGCUCAGGCCUUUUUUCUCGUUGAUUCCCAAGGCAAAGACUGCAAAAAUUGUCCGUGGAAUCAUCGAUGCUGUUGCCAAGAUACCAGGAACAUCUGAACUUCAGAUCUCACUCUGCAAGGAGAUGGUUGAAUGGACCCGUGCUGAGAAGCGGACAUUCCUCAGGCAGCGUGUGGAGGCAAGGCUAGCAGCCCUUCUGUUAGAGAAUCAGGAGUACACUGAAGCGCUUACUCUCCUUACUGGUCUUAUCAAGGAAGUCAGGAGGCUUGAUGACAAGUUGCUUCUUGUGGACAUUGACCUUCUGGAGAGUAAACUCCACUUUUCUCUGAGAAACCUGCCAAAGGCCAAAGCUUCAUUGACUGCUGCUAGAACAGCAGCGAAUGCCAUUUAUGUUCCACCAGCACAGCAGGGUACUAUUGAUCUGCAGAGUGGAAUCCUUCAUGCUGAAGAAAAGGACUACAAGACUGCAUACAGCUACUUUUUUGAAGCAUUUGAAGCAUUCAGUGCCCUAGAAGACCCAAAGGCGAUCUUCAGCUUGAAGUACAUGCUCCUGUGCAAGAUUAUGGUUAACCAAGCUGAUGAUGUCGCAGGAAUAAUCUCAUCUAAGGCUGGUUUGAAGUAUCUGGGUCCUGAUGUUGAUGCUAUGAAAGCUGUUGCUGAUGCCUACUCAAAAAGAUCUCUCAAGUACUUUGAAACUGCCCUUCGUGAUUACAAGUCUCAACUGGAGGAGGACCCUAUUGUGCACAGGCAUCUUUCAUCUCUGUAUGAUACCCUCCUGGAGCAGAACCUGUGCAGGCUGAUUGAGCCCUACUCAAGGGUGGAGAUUGCACAUAUUGCGGAGAUGAUUGAGUUGCCAGUUGAUCAUGUUGAGAAGAAGCUGUCGCAGAUGAUCCUUGACAAGAAGUUUGCAGGAACUCUGGAUCAAGGUGCUGGCUGCCUCAUUAUCUUUGAGGAUCCCAAGACCGAGGCAAUCUUCCCUGCUACACUUGAAACUAUUUCAAAUGUUGGGAAGGUCGUCGACAGUCUUUACAUGAGGUCUGCCAAGAUCAUGGCUUAAAUGCCAAAAUGUCUUUACAGUCAUGUGCUAGUUAUGUUGGCUAUUAUUUCAUAUUGCUUCAGUUCCCGUUGGUCUCCACAGACAUUUAAUCCUGCAUAUUGACAUUUUGUUCUGCAUGUUGGUCUCUCCUAGCUAAAAAAGGUACCCUGUCUUGAAUGCGAACAAAUACAAUUUGCUGUUUCUUUACUUCCUAUGUCAUGAAUGCCGGGUUAGCUUCUUUAUGACCUUUUGAUGUCACAAUGUGCGCUUAGUAAUUGCUGGCUGUCAUUGCUGGAAAGAACAUGCUUGUGUUUCAUUGA